CCCAUAACUCCCCUGGCCUACCUAAGUUACUGACCAGGUGCAAACACAACUUGAAUCUGUUAUAGUUUUCAAGCGGUGUAGUGAGCUAUAUAACCUCUGUGCACGAUAAUGUAAUGUAAACUAAUGUAACCACACAUGUAUUAUCUGGGUUCAUAAAUCAUACUUAAACUGGUAUAAGGUUAAAUUAAUGUAAGCAAGGACACCUGCCUAUUUAUGCUAUGGCAUAAAAUCAAAUACGUUUCAUCGACAAUACGACACUUAUAUAAUAUUACCUUCUACAUUGGCUUUCCUUACAGCACUAACUAGUGACGAUGGCAUCCCUGGAGCAGUGCCUAAGGACAGGUCCCAUUUCGCCCCCGGCAAGAGAGUUGCUAUUGGGCCUAAUAGCUGAGGAACCAAUCCUACUCAGCCUAAAGACUGACGGGAGGAUACUCCUACAGAAGAGGGAGGCCUGGGCGAAAAUUACCGAAAAAUUCAAUGCCCACAACAUGGGGCCCCAACGGUCAGAGGUGCAGCUCAAGAAAGUUUGGGAGCGACUGAAAGUCAAGGCGAAGAAAAGCAAGGCUGACUUGAAACGGGAGGUGUUCAAAACUGGUGGUGGCGAUUCUCCACCAGACAUGACCUCAGAUUGUGAGCAAGUGCUCACACUCCUCGGGGAUGACAUUAAUGACAUCGGCAACCCCUAUGAUGAUGAUGCCUUGCCAUCUCAGCCAAAGUCGAACCACCAUGGUCGACUCAUCCGAUUUUCAAGGUCUCUUGUGAGAGCACGCUCCGACAUCUGGUGUGAGUUGGUGAGUUCCGAACCACUGGCACCAACACCAGAUGAAGAACAGGGCGGCAACAAAGUUGGGGAAACAAUUGUGCCUGCCAGCCCCGUAAGGAUGACGAGCAGGCAACGUCGAGCCGGGAGGUGGAAAGCGGGCGAAGACGUAGAAGUCCGGGAGAUAGUGAAGGCCAGCACAAGCAGGGACGACGAGUUUCAGAACAAGAGGGCAAAAUUGAUGGACAUGCAAUUACGAUACAUGGAGUUGAAGCUUGAGGAGGCUGAAGCCAGAAAAGAGGAGGCAAAAGAAAAAGCUUUAGAAGCAAAAAUGUAUCGACUCAUUGCAGAAAAAGAGCACGCAAACUUCACAUGA